AUGGCUACCACAGCAGAGAAGUCUCCUGGAGCCUACUUCCUUCCUGAGUUUGCACUCUCUCCUCAGGGAAGUUUUCUGGAAGAUACAACAGGGGAGCAGUUCCUUACGUACCGCUAUGAUGACCAGACCUCAAGAAACGCUCGCUCUGAUGAAGACAAAGAUGGCAACUGGGAUGCCUGGGGCGACUGGAGUGACUGCUCGCGCACCUGUGGGGGCGGAGCCUCCUAUUCUCUGCGGAGGUGUUUGACAGGAAGGAAUUGUGAAGGACAGAACAUUCGUUACAAGACAUGUAGCAAUCAUGACUGUCCCCCAGAUGCAGAAGACUUUAGAGCCCAACAGUGCUCAGCCUACAAUGAUGUCCAGUAUCAGGGGCGUUAUUAUGAAUGGCUUCCACGAUAUAAUGAUCCUGCUGCGCCAUGUGCACUCAAGUGUCAUGCACGGGGACAGAACCUGGUAGUGGAGCUGGCACCCAAAGUACUGGAUGGAACUCGUUGCAAUGCUGACUCCCUCGAUAUGUGUAUCAGUGGCAUCUGUCAGGCAGUGGGCUGCGAUCGGCAACUCGGGAGUGACGCUAAGGAGGACAACUGUGGUGUCUGUGCUGGAGAUGGCUCCACCUGCAGGCUGGUGCGGGGACAGUCAAAGUCGCAUGUUUCUCCUGAAAAACGAGAAGAAAACGUGAUUGCUGUUCCUUUGGGAAGCAGAAGUGUGAGAAUUACAGUCAAAGGACCUGCUCAUCUCUUUAUUGAAUCCAAAACGCUUCAAGGAAGCAAAGGAGAACACAGCUUUAACAGCCCUGGAGUUUUUGUUGUAGAAAACACAACAGUUGAAUUUCAGAAGGGCUCAGAGAGGCAAACCUUUAAGAUUCCAGGACCUCUGAUGGCAGAUUUCAUCUUCAAGACCAGGUACACUGUGGCCAAAGACAGUGUGGUCCAGUUCUUCUUUUACCAGCCCAUCAGCCAUCAAUGGAGACAAACCGACUUCUUUCCCUGCACAGUGACAUGUGGAGGAGGUUAUCAGCUCAACUCUGCUGAAUGUGUGGAUAUCCGCUUGAAGAGGGUGGUUCCUGACCACUAUUGCCAUUACUACCCUGAAAAUGUAAAACCCAAACCAAAAUUGAAGGAAUGCAGCAUGGAUCCUUGCCCGUCAAGUGAUGGCUUUAAAGAGAUUAUGCCCUAUGACCACUUUCAACCUCUCCCUCGCUGGGAACAUAAUCCUUGGACUGCAUGUUCCGUGUCCUGUGGAGGAGGGAUCCAGAGACGGAGCUUUGUGUGUGUGGAGGAGUCCAUGCAUGCAGAGAUACUGCAGGUGGAAGAAUGGAAGUGCAUGUAUGCACCCAAGCCCAAGGUUAUGCAGACCUGCAACCUAUUCGAUUGCCCCAAGUGGAUCGCCAUGGAGUGGUCUCAGUGCACAGUGACUUGUGGCCGAGGGUUACGUUACCGGGUGGUUCUCUGUAUCAACCAUCGUGGACAGCACGUUGGGGGCUGCAAUCCACAACUGAAAUUGCACAUCAAAGAGGAAUGUGUCAUUCCCAUCCCAUGUCAUAAACCAAAAGAAAAAAGUCCAGUGGAAGCUAAGUUACCUUGGCUGAAACAAGCACAAGAAUUAGAAGAGACCAGAAUAGCAACAGAAGAACCAACGUUCAUUCCGGAUCCCUGGUCAGCCUGCAGUACCACAUGUGGGCCGGGCAUACAGGUGAGAGAGGUCAAGUGCCGAGUGCUGCUCACAUUCACACAGACAGAAACUGAGCUUCCAGAGGAAGAGUGUGAAGGCCCCAAGCUGCCCACAGAGCGGCCAUGCCUCAUUGAAGCUUGUAACGAGAGUCUUGCAUCGAGAGAGCUGGACGUCCCUCUCCAAGAGAAGGACAGUGACAUGACUUACGACUGGGAGUAUGCUGGCUUCACUCCUUGCACAGCAACAUGCUUGGGAGGCCAUCAAGAAGCCAUAGCAGUGUGCUUACACAUCCAGACCCAGCAGACAGUCAAUGACAGCUUGUGUGAUAUGGUCCACCGUCCUCCAGCAAUGAGCCAGGCCUGUAACACAGAGCCCUGUCCGCCCAGGUGGCACAUGGGCUCCUGGGGUCCCUGCUCAGCAACCUGUGGUGUUGGAAUCCAGACCCGGGAAGUGUACUGCCUGCACCCAGAAGAGUCCCCUGCACCUGCUGAGGAAUGCAGGGAUGAAAAGCCCCAUGCCCUACAAGCAUGCAAUCAAUUCGAUUGCCCUCCUGGCUGGCAUAUUGAAGAUUGGCAGCAGUGUUCCAGGACAUGUGGUGGGGGAACUCAGAACCGAAGAGUCACCUGUCGGCAGCUAUUAACAGAUGGCAGUUUUUUGAAUCUCUCUGAUGAAUUGUGCCAAGGACCCAAGGCAUCGUCUCAUAAAUCCUGUGCCAGAAUAGACUGCCCCCCACAUUUGGCUGCAGGAGACUGGUCAAAGUGCUCUGUCACUUGUGGUGUUGGACUCCAGAGAAGAAAGCAGGUGUGUCAGAGGCUGACUGCCAGAGGCCGGCGUGUUCCCCUUAGCGAGACACUGUGCAGGGACCUACCAGGGCUUCCCCUUGUAAGAUCCUGCCAGAUGCCUGCGUGCCACAAAGUAAAACCAAAGACAAAAAUAAAACUUGGUGAGCAGAGUCCUCAGAUUCUCAGUGUCCAGAGAGUCUAUAUUCAGACAAGGGAGGAGAAACGUAUUAAUCUGACCAUUGGCAACAGAGCCUAUUUGCUGCCCAACACAUCUGUGAUUAUUAAAUGCCCAGUACGACGAUUCCAGAAGUCUCUGAUCCGGUGGGAGAAGGAUGGCCGUUGUCUGCAGAACUCCAAACGACUUGGCAUCACCAAGUCAGGCUCACUGAAGAUCCACAGUCUCGAAGCCCCUGACAUUGGUGUGUACCGAUGCGUUGCAGGCUCAGCCCAGGAAACAGUUGUGCUCAAGCUCAUUGGAACAGACAACCGGCUCAUUGCACACCCUGCCCUCAGAGAGCAAAUGAGGGAAUAUCCUGGGAUGGAUGGCAACAAAGCUGAUAGUUUGGGAACUGCGUGGCAUAAAAUGAGACAAAUGUGGAGUAACAAAAAUGAGCUUUACCUACAUGAUGACCAAAUUAAUAACCAGCCUUUCUUAAGAGCUUUGUUAGGCCACUGCAGCAAUUCUGCAGGCAACACCAAUUCCUGGGAGUUUAAGAAUAAGCAGUUUGAAGCAGCAGUUAAACAGGGAGCAUAUAGCAUGGAUACAGUCCAAUUUGAUGAACUGAUAAGAAACAUGAGUCUGCUUCUGGAAACCAGAGAGGUCAGCGAUGACCUUGCCUCUCAGGUGAUUUACCAGCUGGUGGCUGAGUUAGCCAAGUCCCAGUCAGCACACAUUCAAUGGAAGGGCAUCCAGGAAGAGGUGCCUCCUGCUGCUCAGCUCAGGGGCACAACAGAAAGUCUGCCCCAGAGUUCAAAAGUGAAAAACUCAGGCAGGCUGACCUUUAAACCAAAAGGACCUAUUCUCAUGAGGCAAAGCCAACACCCUUCAGUUUCAUUUAACAAAACAAUAAAUGCAAGGAUUGGAAAUACUGUGUAUAUCACUAAAAGGACAGAGGUCAUCAAUAUACUCUGCGACCUUCUUACCCCCAGUGAGGUCACAUAUACAUGGACCAAAGAUGGAGCACUGUUACAACCAUCAGUAAAGAUAAUUUUGGAUGGAACUGGGAGAAUACAGAUAAAGAAUCCUACAAGGAAAGAACAAGGAAUUUAUGAAUGUUCUGUAGCUAAUCAUCUUGGUUCUGAUGUGGAAAGUUCUUCUGUGCUGUAUGCAGAGGCACCUGUCAUCUUGUCUGUUGAAAGAAAUAUCACCAAACCAGAGCACAACCAUCUGUCCAUUGUGGUGGGAGGCAUCGUGGAGGCAGCCCUUCAAGCAAAUGUGACAAUCCGAUGUCCUGUAAAAGGUGUCCCUCAGCCUAAUGUAACUUGGUUGAAGAGAGGAGGAUCUCUGAGUGACAAUAUUUCCUUGCUUUUCAAUGGAUCCCUGUUGUUGCAGAAUGUUUCCCUUGAAAAUGAAGGAACCUAUGUUUGCACAGCCACCAAUGCUCUUGGAAAGGCAGUGGCAACAUCUGUACUCCACUUGCUGGAAAGAAGAUGGCCAGGAAGUAAAAUUGUAUUUCCCAAACAACAAAAAAAUCAUGUUCUCCAGGCAUCUAACACCAGAACCAACAGCAGUAAUUCAACAGGAGAAUCCCUGCCCCCAGAGCCUUUCUGGGAGCCUGGUAACUGGACACAUUGUUCUGCCUCCUGUGGUCACUUGGGAUCCCGUAUUCAGAGACCCCAGUGUGUGUUGGCUAGUGGACAGAAAGUGAGUGAAGCCCUUUGUAAUCACCUCCAGAAACCACUGGCAGGGUUUCAGCCCUGUAACAUCCAGGACUGCCCUGCAAGGUGGUUCACAAGUGUGUGGUCAGAGUGCUCUUCAUCUUGUGGUGAAGGAUUCCACAGUCGGCAAGUGACAUGUAAAAGGACAAAAGCCAACGGAACUGUGCAGACAGUGUCUCCGAGGGCAUGUGCCCCUAAAGACCGGCCUCUGGGAAGGAAACCAUGUCAUGGGCAUCCAUGUGUUCAAAGGAUCAUCGAACCAGCGAGCCAGUGUCCUGGACGUUGCAUGGGUCGUGCCGUGAGGAUGCUGCAGCAUCACACAGCUUGCGGACACCACAACAGCUCUGACUGUGAUGACAGGAGGCCCACCUUUAGGAGGAAUUGCACAUCAGGAGCCUGCAAUGUGUGUUGGCGCACAGGCCCUUGGAAACCCUGUACAGCAGCCUGUGGCAGGGGGUUCCAGUCUCGGAAAGUCGACUGUGUCCACACAAGAAGCUGCAAACCUGUGGCUGAGAGAUACUGUGUGCAGAAUAAGAAACCAGCUUCCUGGAGGCACUGUCUUGGGCCUUCCUGCAAUAGCGACUGUACAGAUACAACUCACUACUGUAUGUUCAUAAGACACCUUAAUUUGUGUUCUCUGGACCUCCACAAACGAAAGUGCUGCCAGUCAUGCCAAGAAGGGUAA